AUGGUUGAGAAUGCUGGCAUAUUCACUUAUGGUAUUUAUAUCGGGGCCAUAAUUAUCCUUUUUCAAAUUACAUACCAGCGAGCAUAUGAUAUUAUAAAAUGGACGUCGCUGAUAAGUUUGAUAUAUGCGUUUCUUUUCAUAUCCUUCGAAGAAAUAGAACGGCCCCCUGUUAAAACUCUGAGGCGACUGAAAAAGCUUGAGAAAGCUGAUGAGAAGGAACUUAGCUCCAGCGAGGAUACUGAAAAUUCUUAUGUCGACUCUUUUUUUGAAAGUUAUCCAGAGGCAUCUGAAGAGAUCGAACAAAUUGUGGAUUUGCUGAUACAAAAUUUUAUUCUUUCGUGGUUUCAAAGCAUUGAUGCCAAUCCCUCCUCGAGGUUCCCUCUGGUUAUCAAGAAAAUCAUUCUUGAAACGAUCUGUAGAUUGCAAAAAAGAUUGUCAGGAGUAGAUGAGGCUGAUUUUGUAGCUUUGAAGCUUCUUCCCCUGUUGACAAAGUAUUUCAGAAUCUUUUGUAUUGCGAGGGAAGCUGUUUUAAUUGACGAUUCUUCCAGCAAAAGUGGCCUCUCAAAUACCAAUUUAAAGGUCGCAGUUCAAUUUAAUAAGUACCUCAAAAUGCAUAGUGGGCUCUCACUCAGACUGAGCUGUCAAUCUUCAGACAUUGAAAAUCAUGUAAGGACCAAGGUAGAUCGAUUGUUACCGUAUCUUAUCUCUGAAAAAGAACUCAAUUCUCCAUAUGUAUCUAUUCUGCUGAGAGAGAUACUCUCAACAUCAAUCAUUGGACCUUUAGUAUUAAAAUUUUCUGAUCCCGAUAACUGGAAUACUAUUUUGAUAUCAAUUUGUGAGAAGAAACUUGAAGAGCGUGAUCAAGUGCUCGAAGUUCGCAGGAUUUUAUCAAAUGAAGUUGAGCUUCGAAGAUUUUGCUCGCGACAUAAUGGGGAAUUCGAACGUCUGCUUGAAAUGGGACUUGAAUUCGAAAUAGGGCAUUCUGAAAAAUACUUUGAAGACUUUCUAAGACAGCUGAGCCUUCUAGAUUCGGCAUUUCACUUAUGGGCCGUAAGGCAUUUUUUGCUCUCAAACGUUCUAAUGCUACAAGAUAAAAAAAUGUCACCCCAGGAAAUUGAGGAGCUAAAAAGAAGAACAUCGCUCUCCCUAAAACUGAUCCAAACACGUUUAACCUACGUUGAUUCCAUAAACAACAUUGGAAGUUUCACGAGUAGUAUCAAUCCCGAGUCCCAGCAGUCUGAUCUGAAUCAAAUUCUGGAGAGUUUCGUGGCAUCAAUACAAUUGAUAUCUUUCGAUGAUAUUUUGGCUGAGCCUAUGUGUCUCAUUUACUUUGAGAGCUAUUUGAGAUCCCAUCCUUAUCACUAUGGAAUAUCCUAUUUGAGAUUUUAUGAGCUGGUUGAGAAAAUGAAAACGCCUCUAGAAGAUUCAAGAGAUAUUACGGUCACUUUUCCGCCGUCUGAGAUAAAUGAAUUGAGAGAAGCUGCUGAAAAGUUUAAUCGCCUAGAUGAUUUGAGAGUUCUAGACCCCGGACUUGUAAGUAACAUUCAGCUAUUUGUUUCACGAACCACUUCUAAUGAUGACCAGACAGUCAUGCUAGCACGAAGAAGUAUGCUAUUGUUGCAAAACGAGGCAAAAAAAGCACUGUCAAAAGAGUUUUUUGAAGCUUUCAAAGAUUCGAAGACAUUCAUUGGAAUGGUAUCGGAUCCUGAAUUUAUUGGUACAGAUGUCUUUUCUAAGCUGCUUGAUCUCCCCGAAAACAACACUUUCAGAGAAUUUGGGACGAGUAUGGCUCCUAAAAAAAGCAUCCCGGGGGCUCAUAUCGGUGAUGCACUCGACAAUAUUUUGAAGGUAGCAAGUAGAAGAAGAAAAAAGUCUGAAAAUCAAAUCUCAGAUAUAGAGGUCAUUUUUGGUGACGAAGAAGGAAUCCCAAAACCGCUUUCUGAGGACUCUCUUUUCGGAGAUCUCGCUAACAAUGAAACGGACAAAGCCCCAACAGAGAAUUCAGAGGAAGAUCAUUUGAGUGAAGACUCCUUUCCUAAAGAGUUUUCACCUCCAAAUUUGUCUGGUAGUCGCGUUGAAAGGUCAUUUGUCGACCUUGAAGCUAGGAUAGCAUAUUUGACAAUAGCUGUGGAUCAGAUAGAAAAAGAGUUACGUUUAUUGGACCAUCUUCUUCUGAAAGCUGAAUUAACUAACAAUCAACAGCAAUUAAAACUAUUAAAAAAAUCACAAAGGGCUUUGGUCAGAGAUUUGGAAAAUAAAGAGUUGCUACGACAGCAGUACUCUGUUCAGGAAGACGCUAACAGUUUGUUCAAGAAAACUAAAAUUUCUAUUAAGUCGUAUUACGUAGACCAGCCGUUGAAAAAUCAAAGAGAAGUAACAUAUUAUCUAAUCAACGUGACUCACAUUAAUAAUAACCUGGUGACAUCCUGGGAAAUUCCCCGUAGGUUUAGUGAGUUUUACUCUUUAAAUUUGGAACUUAAGAGAAAAUAUAAAAGCCUGAUGAAACACCUGCAACGGAAGGAAAUCUUUCCUGAAAAGAUCAAAAUCUCACUGAGAUAUCAUGUUUCGAAAUCUUUAUUAUACGAGGAACGAAAAGCUAAACUAGAGAAGUAUUUGCUUGAGUUAUUGAGUAUACCUGAAGUGUGCCAGGAUGGCAUGUUUCGACGCUUUUUAACGAAUUCAGCUCUUUUUUCAGGUGAAAGAGAUGAACAAGCUGAACAGAAUGAUGCAAGUGAUCUGGAAAGCUCUACUGCCUCCCUGAAUCACUGUAUGGACAUUGAUCUGAAUGGGAUUCCCGCAACAGAUGUUCAAAGGCGUAAAAUAGACCCGUUAAACGAUGAAGAUUUAGACAUACAGAGUGAUGUCGGGCACAAGGUCUACACAAAUUGUGAUGUCAGGAACUAUGAGGAAAAAUCAUAUGUGAGAUCGGUAUGCGAUUUCUUCAUAUCUGUCUUUAGCUUAAACAAAAAUAAUUCCGGUUGGCUGCGAGGCCGUGCAAUUUUGAAACUUUUGCAGCAACUACUGGGUACGGCAGCUGACAAAUACAUCAAAGACACUCUAAAGAGGCUAACGUCGGAGGAACAAAUCACUGAUGUUUUGCGGGGAUUCAGAACUUACUUAUCGUCUCCCAAUGGUUUCUUAGCAAAGAGAAAACUUCCAAAAGAAGUGCGAACAGACGGUGAUAUAAAGAGAGCCCGGAAUGACUCUCGACUGCUUAUACAAAGGCUUUUUAUAGAAGUUUUUGCAAAAGUUGUGGGAUUUCGAAAUGCUCAAAACGCAGCUGUUAAUAUUCAUGAAAUGCUACAGAAUUCGUAUAUAAAUGCGAGCCUACUACUUGAAAUUCUCGAUGUGACAUUGAAUGAAGUCUUUUUUAAUGAGAAAAUCAAAUCGCAGAAGAAAGAUGGAAAUGCAAUAUGA